AUGUCCGAAGUCGAGAAUGACCCAAAUGCUCGAGAAGGUUUCUACCUGCCGCAUCACUCGGUCAUCAAGACUACUAGCCUGACUACUAAGUUGAAUACAGUCACCUUUGGACUUGCAUCUGCCCCUUAUUUAGCGAUACGUUGUUUAUCUCAACUGGCAGAUGAUGAAAAAGAGGAUUAUUCUGAAGCAGCUCUUCGAAUCAAGAGAGAUCUAUAUGUGGACGAUCUUCUCACUGGAACUGAGUCACUCCAAGAAGCAUUACAGCUACGUGAUGAUAUUACGACAGUCUUAAAGAGAGAUGGCUUGAAUCUUCGACAAUGGGCGUCCAAUCACCCUCAAUUACUCGAAAGUCUACCUGAAGGCAGUGUGAACCUUCAGUUGGAGAGCGACAAGGAUGCCACUAUUAAGGCCUUUGGGGUGCACUGGGACCCCCAGAGAGACACCAUUGUAUAUACAGUAAAACCAAUCAUUAAGACAGUUAAACUUACCAAAAGAAGUAUUCUAUCAGAUCUGGCAAAAAUUUUCGUUCCACUUGGCCUCCUCGACCCAAUUAUCAUCAGAGGGAAAAUAAUUAUGCAAAAAGUGUGGAAAGAACAAUUUGAUUGGGAUGAUCCUGUACCAUUAAAACUUCACACAGAGUGGAAAUCAUAUACUGAUGAGUUAAUGCAACUGAAGGACGAAUCCGUUGAUCGUAAAAUAAUUAUUUCCAAUGCAAAAGAAAUUCAGUUACAUGGCUUUUACGAUGCAAGUGAAAAGGCUUAUGGUGCUUGCAUUUAUUUGAAAACAAUGGAUGAUCAGGGAAAUUCCCAGACGAGUCUACUCUGUGCCAAAUCCAGAGUAGCUCCAAUGAAACAAGUAUCAUUACCUAGAUUAGAACUUUGUGCAGCUCUGCUCCUUGUUGACUUAUAUGAAGCUGUGAAGAAAGCUCUCAGUCAUCAGAUUUCUCGUACUGUAUUCUGA